CAAGCAGUGCAGCGUUCAUAUACCCGCCCAGUACUGCCGCAUCCGAUGCUACAAGCUAGUCGCCUCCAAAGGAAGCCACGUGCAGGCACGAGUGUAAGCAAAAGAAAAGCUAUAAAGGAAGCCAAAACAACACACACGCAGACCUCGUUCAAGUCAGGGAUUUAUCAUCGAAAUGGGUCGCACCCAGCGUAAACGCCGCCAAAGGGCCAACCAACAAUCAUCAGAGGACCGCAGCUCCUUACGGGAUCUCUAUGUCCAGCUCCAUUCACAGGGCUGGCAGAAUGAAACCCACUUAUCCGUCAAAAGCUACCCUCAAACUGGGCGAGGGCUCUGCUCUAAAACGGAUACCUUUUCUGCAGAAGAUGAACUUAUUCGACUACCUAUUAAUAGCCUUAUAAGCAUAGCUACGCUGGAGUCGGAUGAGGACUUUAAAGAUCUUUUCAACAAGGACCUCUUCGACACGGAUGCUAGGAUAUCCUUCCAAGCCUUGGUGGCUUGUUACUUAAUGCACCAAAAGCAUCUUAUGGAUUGUUCGCAAAGCUCGAAUUACGCAGCCUAUUUGGAUACCCUGCCCAGAAGCUAUACCACUCCUUAUUUCUGCUGCAUUCCCGAACUGCAGUGCCUGCCGGAAGCUUUGCUGGAGCGAACUGUGUCCCAAAACAGGCAAAUCAAGGGAUAUUACGAAAUUAUAAAAGGCCUUGUUGGAUUCCAUAAAUGUAACUGCUGUGGGCAGAGCUACUGUCAGGAUAUCUGGACCUUGGCGGAGUAUCGAUUGGCCUACUUCGCUGUUAACACGCGAAGUGUCUACCUCAGUUCUCGCUUCUUGAAAAAGCCAAGUUCUCACUUUCAAGGACUCAUCAGUGGCGACACCAAUCUAGCAUUGGCGCCCUUCCUCGAUUUAUUUAAUCACUCCGAUUCGGUGCAAACCACGGCGGAGAUUCAUGGUCAGCAUUAUGUCGUCACCCUAAAGGAUUUACCUUCUCCCAAAACCAACCUCUAUGAUCAGUUGUUCAUCAGUUAUGGGGCAUUGCCAAACUUUAAACUGUUGACAGAGUACGGGUUCUGGCUGGAAAGGAACGCCCACGACUAUUUUGAGUUCUCCAUUCUGGACAUAGAACACCUCAUCAAGCAGAAUAAGAAGCUAUCCACGGAGACCUACCACCGGAACAUAUUUAAAUUCAUCAAGGAGCACAACUUGGGCGAUCAAAUGUUUGUCCAUCUCGAAGACGGUUGCUCCCACAAUCUAAGGGUGGUGCUGCAUCUCAUCUUCAAACAACAAUCCUAUUUCCCCAACAUACUUAACCAGAUAGCCUUUGGAGAUGUGGACCAGUUUCAGGAUGUGCAGCCAGAGCUCAACUAUUUGGUGGCCCAUAAGAUUGUGGAGUAUGGAGUUUUUGUGGCAGAACUGGAUAAGCUUCCUCGGCUUACAGAGAGCGGCUCUGUGGCACGAUCUUAUCUGCUGGAGUGCAUACGCUACCUAAAGGUUUUUCAGGCGGCGAAUUCCAUAGUUGAUGAGGAAUAA